AUGAAACCUAUAGAAGCAUUGUCGAUCGUGGCAGCGGCGGUGGCCGCGACAGCGACGGAAGCUGGCGGCUGGUCGUCAACUCCAAUCAAUGAACAAAAUUGCGGUGCGACCGAUUGGCCGAUUUGGAAAGGAAAAAUUAGGGACCUGAUAGAUUAUCACGACGGUGCUCUCGACGCGUUGGACGGAAAGAUCGUCAAACCGUAUCCAUUGCCAGAAGGUGCCUCAACCGAAGAUGAAAAGAAGCACAAGGAGAAGAGCGACUUUUUUCGUAAGGCCAACAGCUAUGCAAAAUCCAUGAUUACCACUGCGGUCACGGACUCGGCGUACCAGAAGAUCAUGGACAAGGAGACAGCACACGAUACGUGGGAAGCCCUGAAAAAUCAGUUUGAAGCAACACCGAUGGACAAGGUAUUCAGGAUAUGCAACGAGUUUUUCGCUUUCUCUUGGAAUCCAGAGAAAAAAGGAAAGCCAGGAGGCUUUUUCUACCACAGCACAAAAGGAGCAUCGUCAGGAUUCAGGAGCAUCUGGUCGGAGAUUCUAUACCAUUCACAAUUGCAAGAAAAAGGGACACUGGAUCAGGAACUGCAAAAAUGGAAAAAGGAUGGACAUCCGAAGCCGAGCUACCAGAAUGCUGAACAAGGAAAUUGUGCAGAACCAACGUUGACUCUUGUCUCAGUCCACAAUAGCGUGUUUGCAUCAGAGGCAAACUCAGAGGUCGACUGGUGGAUAGACAACGGUGCAACAAAACACGUUGUGAAGACUGUGAAGUAUUUCGAGCAUUUUGAGAAGUUUGAGAAUCCGAGUUGGAUCAGAGCAGAUGGAAAUGAAACCUUGCCAGCUUUGGGCCAGGGCACAAUCAAAGUCAAAACAAUUGUCAAUGUUUUGGCUGCCCAAGACAAUAAUCCAAGUAGUCGUUUUGAGUCGUCAGCAACCAAGUGCACCCUCAAAAUAAACGACAAGAUUGUCCUCGUUGGAGCCAGAGAAAUUGGAGGAACACUCUACAGAGCAGCGAUCGAGCCCAUACUACCAGAACGAAACGUCGAUGUCAACGUCGCAACUUCAGGAACUUCAAUUAUCCAACUCUAUCACGAGAGGUGGGGACAUCAGGACAAGAACCACAUCAAGGACAUGCUCAAAAGAGACAUGCAUUCAAGUCAAGCUUGAGAGUAGCUUUUGCGAGCCUUGCAUCCUUGGAAAGGCGCAUCGAUUGCCAUUUGGAACGAGGAAACCAGCGAUGAAGCCAGGGGAACUGAUGUCAGGCAAUGUUUGCGGCC